UCGGAACUAAGUAUUUAAGUAAAAGUGGUGCACUUGUGCCGAUUUUAUAAUGUAUUCCGUUGGAAGUAUUGUGGGCCUGAUGAUUUUAGCUGCAGCUGCGGCCCUAACGAUAAAUGCUGGUUAUGAAGAUAUUGGCUUUGCUCCAGAAUACAAUCAGUACCAAGUUCAAACAAAUCUGGAACAGCGAAAAGAAGAAAAACGAAAUAAGCAAGAUUUUUCCAAAAUACCUGGGAUUCCCGGACAUGACUACCCUCUUUACCACGCGGUUCCCGACACUAGUUUUUCUUGCCACAACGUUCCUGCUUUGCCUGGAAUGUAUGCAAAUGUUGAAACUGGCUGCCAAGCUUAUCAUAUAUGUCAUGAUGGUAGGGAAGGAGAACAAGGAUCAAAAUUUUUAUGUAGCAACGGCACUUUAUUUAAUCAAAAAGAGUUUACUUGUGAUUGGUGGUACAACGUAGACUGUCAUAAUGCUCCAAGUUUUUAUAGUUUGAAUUUGGAUCCUAAAAAGAAUCCUUAUUUCCAAAAACCUAGCGAGGAAUCGAAAAUACCGGCACAUAAGGAAGAAGAAGUGGAACAAUAUAUUAAAAUUCUUGUUUAAAUAAAAUAUUGUAUAUUAUAUUAAUUGUUUUACCAAUGUCAUUAAACUAGAGAAGUACUUACAGUGCAUUUUCAGUAGGUUAAUCAGUUAAGUUGAUAGAUAAUGUUGAACUAAAAGCUUGUUACCGUUUAUUGGAUUCAUUUUUGACACAUCGCAGUACAUUCAAUAUAGAUAAUAAUCUUUAAUAUUGUUUUACAACUCUCAACUAUCUCUAAAAUCUAAAACCUUCACAGAUAUUUGAGACGUAUUUAGUGUAGGCAGUUUUAUGAAAAAAAAAAUCAAAAUUAAAAACUACAAAAACCCAUUUUUUUUAAACUUUUAUUUUUUGAAGUACUGAUGCACAGCAAACUAUUUUUACAAUUUUUAUAAGUUUUCUUCGUCUAUUAUAUAAUUUAAGUAUGUUCGAUUUUCUUGGCAUGCAUACGUUUCAAUUAAAAUUGAUGAAAAAUGUUCUUGCCUCGACUAGGAUUUGAACCCAGGACCCUCGCAUUUCCACUGCAACGCUCUACCAACUGAGCUACCAAGACCUGCUUCAUUUCUACCUUGUCGGUCAAGUCUUUCAUCAAUUUUAAGUUGUUAGUUGUGAAGACCAACGGCAACCUCUGGCGGUUAUUGUUGGUAUGGGACUGAGUUAAAAGUUAUAGGGGAACACGUUCGCAAUUAAUGGCUGUUUUGCAAUCCUUUAUCCCUUCAACCACGGGUGCGUCGUCGACAUAUAGCGACUUCAGCAGGUAUCGGGAUGGGACGCCCAACCAUCAAUAUCAAACCAAAUCAUUUUUACAAUUUUUACAACUUUUCUUCGUCUGUUAUAUAAUUUAAGUGUGUUUGAUUUUCUUGACAUGCAGACGUUUCAAUUAAAAUUGAUGAAAAAUAAUCUUGCCUCGACUAGGAUUUGAACCCAGGACUCUCGCAUUUCCAGUGCAACGCUCUACCAACUGAGCCUCCAAGACCUGUUUCAUUUCUACCUUGUCGGUCAAGUCUUUCAUCAAUUUUAAGUUGUUAGUUGUGAAGACCAACGGCAACCUUCGGCGGUUAUCGUUGGUAUGGGACUAAGUUAGAAGGUAGGUAUAGG